CAUACCCCCAGCGCAAACCCAUCAUACACCCAAUCACGUGACCCUAUCCGCAUCAACACCGCCAACAGAAAAAACCACCAUCUCCGCACCGCACCGCAACACCACGCCUUACGCUCACCCUCACCCUCCUCCACCCGUCAUCGGCCUCUCGCAACCCACAACAAUGCCCCCAGUGGCAAUGACAAUCCCCCGAUUCCUCCUCCCGCGGGGCGCUCCCUCCGCACUGACCCUGCGCGCCCUGACCCUCCGCACGACGACCACAACAACCAGCACAACAGCAAGAUGCGCCUCCACCUCCAACAACAGCAACAAACACAACAGCAGCAGUAGCAGCAACAGCAACGCCGGUAACAACCCACGCGUCCUCGCCAAACCCGACAAAUUCCGGCCCCCCUCGCACCCGGCCCGACGAGUCGUGCAACCCCGCAAUGGCAAAGCAACGGGCGGAGGAGGACCGAUCAACUACCCAGGCCCGAAACUCAGCGAACAAGAGAUCGAAGAGCAGAAGACCAAACAAUACCCCAACAUGUUCCCGCCGGAGGGCACGGUCAUGUUCAAGUUCUUGACCCAUAGGUGGAUACAUAUCUGGAUUGCGAUGAGCGUCCUCAUCUCCCUCGCAACAUUCACAUUCACCGUGAACUUCAAACGCAACAGUCCAUUCGCGCACCUCCUCCCGCCGUGGUCGGCGCUACUGGGCCAUCCGUUCUCGACGAUCUCGCAGGCGGUGUCUGUGUUCCGGAUGCACGUGGAGCAUACGUCCAUGCAGACGCGCGAGAACCGCCGGCGACGGGUAGACGAUGCGGAGAAGAGACGGCAGUACCGCGUGGCGCAUGGGUUGGAGGAGCCGGAUGAGAAGCGCGAUGGGAAGAUCGUUGAUAGUGGUGAUGAUGCCGUGGUGGUGGAUGAGCAGUCGCCGGUGGCGGUGGAGGAGCAGGGUGCCGCUGGGGGUAGCGGGAAGAAUGUGUAUGUGGAUUGGGAGGGGAAUAAGAGGCCCGCGAAGAGGUGGUUGGGGAUUUGGUGAUUUGGUGAUUUGUUUAUUUAGUGGUUUGUGUUGAGGGAGAGAGGGGAUGGUUGUGUAUGCUACUGCGGGGUGGUGGGGGAGACGGAGACUGUAUACUAGCCUUGGCCUUUGUUGUUGUUUUGGUGGGCACUAUGUUUCUUCUCUCCCCAUGUAUUAUCUGCCUAUGUACAAGUUUUGGUUCUAGUCAAUUGUUCUAUCAUGGCGAUGAGUCGUCGUCAUCUCCACUCAGCUCAGCUCCAGCCUGCGUGUUUCGCUGCGGUUGAAAUGCCGAGCUUUCUUUU